CUACGUAUAGGAAAAAGGGAUUUUUCUGAAAAGCGUUUUUCCUGAUUGAAUAGCUUUAACUUUAUUAUGUUUACGCUAUUUCAUUCCGCCCCUUUAUCACCAUACUUGUCUUUCUCUCAUCAAUUCCGGAGAGUUCUACUUGUUGUUGCUUCCUUGGUAAACACCAUUAGAAAUAUUAGAAUAUGAAAUAUAACGACAGACGCCUCUGCUUCAUGGGUAUCAUUUUACAUUGCUAAAUAAUACCUAAAUCUGUGCAGUGUAGAAACAAUGACAUCUCUCUGGAAUAAAACUCUCGAUUCGUUGAAAAAAAUCGAGGAGCAGUGUUUAAAGAACACAACCGUGCCUGAUGAUGAUCACUUUGGGAAAACGAAAUUUUGCCCGGCCUUUCACGAUGGGAUUAUGUGCUGGGCUGAAACACGCGCUGGAGAAAUUGCUCAACAAUCUUGUUCUUCUAGUGUAUAUCGGCCUUCCUACGAGGGCUAUGCCACUCUGCUCUGCCAAGAAUCUGGAAGAUGGCUUACGAUACAGAACAACGUUGCAGCCAACUAUAGUCAGUGCGGCCAAUUCCACCGCUAUAUAUCUGAGAGUGAACAGAUUUAUUUGAAAUGGAUACCCAUAUUAAGAAUAUGUUCUCAUGUGGGAUAUGGAUUUUCAAUUUCUUCCCUCGUUGUCUCGUUGUUGAUUUUUUAUUAUUUGAAGAGAUUACAUUGUUCUAGGAAUUAUCUUCACAUGCACUUGUUCUUUUCGUCAAUCAUGAGAUGCUUUAUGUCGAUCCUGAAAGAUAUACUCUAUCUGAAGGCUAGAUUUUUGUUUGUAGAUACAUCGACGCCGGAAGCUCAAGGUCUUCAUUUUCAAAUAUCAACAUAUUGGUUCUGUAAAGCAGUGAUCAGCUUCAGGCAAUAUUUCAUAUUGACGAAUUAUAUGAUGAUUCUGAUGGAAGGAAUUUACUUGCACAACUUGUUGUUCCUGAAACCUUUUUCGGAUAAAACUAGUGUUAAAUUUUAUGCCAUUUCUGGAUGGACUAUUCCACUAAUAUUUGUCAUACCAUGGGUAAUUUUGAGAAUAUUAAACAAAAGUAUUUGUUGUUGGACACGCGAAGACAAGACUACUUUACUGUUAGAAAUACCUACAGGUGCCACUGUGAUAAUAAACUUCAUUCUUUUCCUUUUGAUUGUGAGGAUACUCUGUCUAAAAUUGAGCUCUAUAUUUGUACAGCAGAGAAGGGUGAAAUACAGGAAAUUGGUGAAGGCCACACUGAUUCUCCUCCCCCUUUUCGGAGUGCCAUACACAGUAUCCAUAAUUUUGUAUUUUUACGUUUCUAAAGAUGUUACACUGGAGCUGAUUUGGUUAUUUUUCGAUCAAAGCUUCUCAGCUUUUCAGGGAUUCCUAGCGGCGCUAUUUUAUUGUUUGUUGAACGGGGACGUCCAAACUGAAAUAAAAAGAAGAUAUUAUUCUGUACGGGAAAGAAGUCAAAUUAAAAGAUGUAGGACGAUUUCUCAUACUUUGCAAUCUUAUCUUACUAAUGGCGAAGAAAUGACGGAAAUAAGGAAUUGUCCUAUGGAAACAGGGAAUGUGGAGACGAACUUCUGACAUGUGAUGCGUUUGUGAUCUUUUUUUUUAAUGUAAUAAAACUUUGCCCAAA